AUGGAAGCCAACAAUGCGGACCUGCCACCGUCCGACGGUUCACCCAAUCGCCGAUCCAGCCACAAACGCAGCCUCUCAGCCUCUCUACUCGCACGACUCUCCUUCCUCAGCCCCAUGGACCCCCAAUCCAGCAUGCCAACAAACGAGAGCGGACAAAGCAAUGCAAGCAACAGCGGAAGCACAAGCACAAGCAGCCGCGCAAUGUCCGCCGCGCUCGCGCAACGCCGCACGCGCCGCCGCCGUGGCUCACUCCGGAAAACAGCACUACUAGGCCCAAGAUUAGAAUCACGAGAAAAACGAACCUCAACCUCCGCCAAAAUUGCCGCCGAUUCAAGUCGCGCAGACACUGCCACAUCCACAUCUACCUCCAUAUCCCGUCUCCCCACCGAUCCCGAUCACUUCCCACACUCCUCCCUAAAGAACCACCAACCCUCCGCAGAACAUGGCCCCAAAUCCCACCCGCGCGCCAGCAUCGACGACGAUGCAGACGCAGACCUGGGCUUCUUCCACAAUAAUAAUACACUGAAAACGGUUCGGCCGCCGAUAACACGGCGGCGGCAGAGCGUGGCGCGGCAGACACUGCACGGCGAGGAAACAGCCACAGACGAUGAGGACCUGGUUUCGUUCCCGCGCCUGGGUUCAAAUUCAAUCAUGACGUCCGGAACUGGGAGUGGGACGGGGACAAGUCCGAAAACCACUGCUGCCGCCGCUGGUCUACACAUCUCCACGCAAACGCAGUCGUCCAGCCCGGACGCAUUCUACCCACUUGCACCACAAUCCGAAACAGCAUACAGAACCGUCCACAGACCGAAGUCUUCACCGUUAGCUUCGAACCCCGUCGAGAUGAAGAAUAAUGGUAAUAGUGCGGAUGUGGACUGGGACUACUCGGAGACGGAAUGGUGGGGGUGGAUUAUAUUGAUUGUGACAUGGUUGGUGUUUGUUGUUGGUAUUGGGAGUUGCUUUGAGGUUUGGAGUUGGGCUUGGGAUGUUGGUGAGACACCGUAUGCGCCGCCGGAAUUGGAGGAUGAUCCUACGUUGCCGAUUGUUGGGUAUUAUCCUGCGCUUAUUAUUCUUACCGCUGUUAUGUCUUGGGUUUGGGUUGUUGUUGCUUGGGUUGGGAUGAAGUAUUUCAAGCAUGCUAAUAUUUCUGGGGAGGAUAUUUGA